GAGGGCUUUGGGAAGAAGGGACCUGUGCUGAGUGAGGAAAGGGACGACUUGGGAGGCGAGGAAGGGACGAAGAUGUAGGCUUGGUCCUUCCUUUCCGCCCUCCCUCCCUCCCUCCCUCUCUCCUCCAUAGGCGCAGCAGGCGUGUGCGUGGCGGCGGGGGAGCGCGGGUGGGCGCCGGUGGCGGGGUCGCCUCCUUCUUUCCUCCCUUCCCUCUUUCCCUCCUCCCUCCUUUCCUGUCUCUUUCUCUCUCUCUUUCUUUCCCUCCCUCCUCGGGCGGCUGUCUGCUCCUGGCCCUGGACACAGCGGCGGGCGAGGGGCGAACGUGCGGCUCCCAGGCUUGAAGUAUGGCAAGCAAAGAUGGUCUCUGCCAAGGAGCCCGCGGUCGCGAUGUCUUCGGGGCUGUCCCUUUCCUUGGUGCACUUCCUCAGCCUGGCGACCUGCCUGACUGUCCUCCCAGGGCAGCUCAAAAAGGAGGAGAAACUGCGCCCGGAGAAUUUCACGCGCAUCUUGGACCGACUCCUGGAUGGUUAUGACAACAGGCUCCGUCCUGGAUUUGGGGGUCCUGUUACUGAAGUCAAAACAGAUAUCUAUGUCACCAGUUUUGGGCCGGUUUCUGAUGUAGAAAUGGAAUACACAAUGGAUGUUUUCUUCCGCCAGACAUGGGUAGAUAAGAGAUUAAGAUAUGAUGGUCCAAUUGAAAUUCUGAGACUAAACAACUUAAUGGUUACCAAAGUCUGGACACCAGACACUUUCUUCCGAAAUGGGAAAAAAUCUGUUGCACAUAAUAUGACAGCUCCAAAUAAACUGUUUCGAAUAAUGAGAAAUGGCACCAUCUUGUACACAAUGAGGCUCACCAUAAGUGCCGAAUGCCCCAUGAGAUUGGUGGAUUUCCCAAUGGACGGCCAUGCCUGUCCUCUCAAAUUUGGGAGUUAUGCAUAUCCAAAGAGUGAAAUGAUUUACACCUGGACAAAAGGACCUCAGCAUUCAGUGGAAGUCCCUGAAGAGUCUUCCAGUUUAGUUCAGUAUGAUCUCCUUGGGCAUACAGCAUCGACUGACACUGUUAAAUCCAUUACAGGUAGAUCUGAUUAACAAAAGAAAGCAGAAAUGUGUUGUGGUGUGCUAUGUGAUCAACAGUCCCUCUUCAUGUCUAUUUCAAAUAAGCUUGGGUUCUUGACUUUGAAAUCCAUUUUCUCGUGUGUGAAGGAUUUGGAAGGAGCUGAUCAGUGUGCAAAGGAGAAUAGAAUGAGAUGCUAUCCAGUUACUUUCCAAGUGGACCUAUAUCCAUCCUACUUUUUUUCAGUGGAGAGAAGUGAACAUUUCUGAAGCAUCUUAAUCUCCAUGUUUUUUCCUCACUGGACUGGAAAUAUAUCUUGGCUUGUGUAAAGUGGACUUGUAGUAUUGGUGGUUCUUCUUGAUUUAAGUUCCCGUCUUGUCAUUGUAUAGCUUUCUUGUGUAAAGAUGGUUCUACUUUCCUACAUAAAGAUGUUCAGUAUGCUUCUGUCACCUAUGCGUAAUACAUACAAAAAUUAGAGCCAGUGUAUCUAUCUUUGUUGGUCUACAUACUCCAGGCCUGAGGGUCUUUGCAUCAUUAAGAGAACUGGGAAAACCCCAGUGGACAUGUUGUAUUAAAAGGAAACUUUCUGUUGCUCAGUGUGUUCUAUUUUUUAUUAAGGCAUCCUGGAGUUAUUGUUCCAAAUAACUCUUGAUGGGUGAAAUAGACACGUUUUUAAUUUCUCACAGUGCUUGAGAGCAAAGCUACAGUGAGAAAUGUUGAAGAAAUUUCAAGGAUAGCCUUAAUUUAGACAUCUGGUCCAGCUUGGAAAUCCAGAAAUGCAUCUACACUCUCGAAUUGAUGCAGUUUGACAUAUGUGAGGGGAAAUCAUAGGGAGGAGGGAGCAAGCUUGUUUUCUGCUGCCCUGGAGACUAGGACACGGAACAACGGCUUCAAACUUCAGGAAAGGAUAUUCCACUUGAACAUUAGGAGGAACUUCCUGACUGUGAGAGCUGUUCGGCAGUGGAACUCUCUUCCUUGGAGUGUGGUGGAGGCUCCAUCGUUGGAGGCUUUAAAGCAGAGUCUGGAUGGCCAUCUGUUUUGAAUUUCCUGCUUCUUGCAGCGGGUUGGACUGGAUGGCCCGUGAGGUCUCUUCCAACUCUAUGAUUCUAUGAUUCUAUGACACUACUGUUACUUUGGUGAGGCACCAGUACUCUUUGGCAGAGAAGGUUAAAAUGUGAAAAAAAUACAACUCCUAUGAUUCUAUAGCAUUAAACCAUGGCAGUUAAAGUGGUCUCAAACUACAUUAAUUCUAUAGUGUAGAUGCAUCUUUGGGUAGGAAAAAAACUAAAGUGAUGUUGGACAGGGAGGAUGCUAAGUACUGAUUCACAAUUUGAAAAGUUAAUUUUUGAAUUACAACUCCCAAAAUCCUGCAGCCAGUAUGUUACUUGGUGAAUUCCCUCAGUGGGAGGAUUUGUAGAAUUGUAGCCUAGCCCCACAUUCUUGCUCAGGUGCUAACCAUUAGUGAAAAUAACAUCCUGCUGUUCUAAUUGGUGUUCUUGUUUCUCUUUGAGAAAAUUGUUGGACUGUUUCUGCAUGCCUUGAGGGUCAGAUGAGUGUUUUUAUCAGAUCCUUCCAAAAAGUGAUGCUAGCAGUAAUUCAGGAAUUGCUCUCUAGGGAGCUUUUCUUUCUCAGAGAGGAUCAGUGACUUUUUCCUUUAUUUUUUAAGCACACAGGUAUUUUUUUUCUUUUUCUAGCAGUUUCACAGAUUGCUGUGAGCAAGGAUAUAAAGGAAACAUAAUCACCACCAUACUUGGAUGGUGGACAGUCAACAAAUAUCAGGUGCUAUAGGCUAUAUUACAGAUGAAGGAACUGGAAAAAAAAACCCCUCUGAAUAUUUCUUGACUUAGAAAAUCUUAUGAUGUACACACACAUAUCACUGCCACCACAACAGCUAUCCCAAAUUCUUCAAAAGAUGUCAGUGCCUCUGGAAUUGUUUCUAGUGUGCAGGUCUUGAAAGUGUUAUUUGAAAUCUCAAACAAAUUACACAACUCUAAUGUGUUGAUCAGUCCUGAGUUCCUCUAAAUGGAAUAUUUGCCUGUCACCAUAUCUGUCACUCUCAAGUUUGCAGAUAAGACAUAACUGGGUGGGAGUCGGGGCUAACACGUUAGAAAAUAGGAACAGAAUACAAAUGUACCCAGAGAAACUUGAAAAUUGAGCAGAAAUAAAUAAAUGAAAUUUGAUAAGGCAAAUGCACACUUUUACAUUUAGACCACAUAAAUGCAUAGGUAUAGGAUUGUGAAUAAUACAUGGCUCAGCAGUACUCCAUGUAAAAAGGUCCUUAGGAUUUUUGCUCAUCAUCAGUUGAACAUGAGCCAACUGCUGCAAAGAAAGAAACCCAUUAUAGCCUUCAUUAAUACAAGUAUAGUUUCCAACUGAAAUGAAAUAGUAGGAGUACUUAUGUAUUGUUUGCUGGUCAGGCCUUAUCUGGACCACUAUGUUCCGUUCUUGUUACCUCACUUUAAGAAGGAUAUAGAGAAGUUGGAGCACAUUCAGAGAAGGACAACAAGGAGAAUGAAACAUGUGAGGAAAGAAAAGACUUGAGGAAUAACAUGAUUUUGUUCUUUAAAUACUCCAAGGGUUGUCCCAGAGAGGAAGGGGGCAGCCUGUUACAUAUUGCCUCAUAUGGUAGGACCAGGACAAGUGAUUUGACAUAACAGAUAGUAGAUUUCAAUUGGGCGUUAUAAUAGACCUCUUGGCAGUUAAAGCAGUUUCACAAUGAAACCAAUUAUAUAUGGAAGUGGCGGAGAAUCCUCGCUCUAGACAUGUUCAAAAAGAGGCUAGACACUACCUGCUGGGGAUGUUUUAACUGGAGAUCUUGCAUUGCACAGGGGAUGGGACUUGGUGACCCAUGAGGCCCCUUUCAACUUUAUUAUUUUGUGAGUCAGAGCCUUUUCGCACUGCCCCUAUAUCCCAGGAUCUGAUCCCAGAAUAUCUUCUUACCUCAGAUUAUCUGGUAGUGGAGACAUAUAUAUUCCUGUUUAAAGCAUAUAAUCUGAGAUCGGAUCCUGGGAUAUAGGAGGCCGGGCUGUGGCGCAGCUGGCUAGUAACCAGCUGCAAUAAAUCACUACUGACCGAGAGGUCAUGAGUUCGAAGCCCGGGUUGGGUUAAGCCCCAGACCAUUAAAUAGCCCAGCUUGCUGUUGACCUAUGCAGCCCCGAAAGACAAUUGCAUCUGUCAAGUAGGGAAAUUUAGGUAAGCUUUAUGCGGGAGGCUAAUUUAACUAAUUUACAACAUCAUAAAAACUGCCAGCAAAACAUGAGGAAAGGAAUGAGGAAGUACAGCCACUAGUGGACAGCUCCCCCUGUGGCCGGAAUUGUGAAGCUGGAAAAAAAAGUUAAAUGCCUCUGUGUCUGUCUAUAUAUGUUGUUUGUCUGUUGGCAUUGAAUGUUUGCCAUAUAUGUGUUCAUUGUAAUCUGCCCUGAGUCCCCUUCGGGGUGAGAAGGGUGGAAUAUAAAUACUGUAAAUAAAUAAAUAAAUAAAUAUAGGAUAGUGUGGAAUGGCCCUCAAUAAAGAAUGAAGAUGUCUCACAUAUUUGUGAUUCUUGAAGUGUCAGCAAUCCAAUAGGCUCAGGAAGUUUCAGCUGAUUUCUCUGGCAGAUAUUCUUCUCCUUCUAAGUACAGUAGACUCUCAGUUAACUGGAACAUAUGCAAUUGGAACUCUCAAGAAACCAGCUAAUUUUUUAAAACUAAAAUUGCAUACUGUAUCCUGAAAGCUGUUUUUAUAAUAAAGUAAAAUUGUGAGAGCUGGACCACAAGGGAGGUUGAGAAAAGGAAGAUAUUCGUUUUGGAGGAAAAUCCUGAGAGUACCUUUGACUGCAAGAAGAUCCAACCAGUCCAUCCUCCAGGAAAUAAUGCCUGGCUGCUCACUGGAGGGAAGGAUAUUAGAGGCAAAGGUGAAGUACUUUGGCCACAUCAUGAGAGGACAGGAAAGCUUGGAGAAGAGAAUGAUGCUGGGGAAAAUGGAAGGAAAAAGGAAGAUGAGUCGCCCAAGGGCAAGAUGGAUGGAUGGUGUCCUUGAAGUGAAUGGCUUGACCUUGAAGGAGCUGGUGGCCACGGCCGACAGGGAGCUCUGGUGUGGGCUGGUCCAUGAGGUCACAAAGAGUCAGAAGUGACUGAACGAAUAAACAACAACAAAAUUGUGGUACAUUAAGUUAAGUUUGUUUUGAUUUCUCUUGAUUUUCUAAACAUAAAGUAUUAUUAUUCUUUUUUUAAUUAUGGUACUUCAUUUCAAUAUUAAUAUCACAUAAAUACAGAGUUUCUAGCAUGAUAUAAUAUAUGGUAUAGUUAGGCCUAUUUUAAUAGUAACGCCUAAGCAACCAGAAAUUAUAUUUAUCUGGCAUCUAUCAAUCUCUAUGGGUGCCAGGUAACGGAGAGUCUUCUGUACUGAGAUCUAAAAUUAAUGAACGCUCCUUUCACUGACAACUUUCAGUUAGAAACCAAAAAACUACUGCUUUCAACAACAAAACUUUCAGCCCAUUCCAUAUCAAUAUUCCCUGCAUUUCUAGGACUUGAAAAAGUUACUUCUUUGGACUGUAGCUCUGAAAAUUGUAGCCAGCAGGACACAUUUUGAAUUAAAAAUAUAUUUUAUUUCUUCUGAUUGCUCCUGUUGAUUUAACUUCUUCAUCAAGUUGAUUUUGAACCAUUUCAACUUUAAAAAUCUUUCUGGAUAUAUUUCAAUACAUGUUGCAUGUAUAUUUCAAUACAUGUUGCAUCUUCCAUUUAGAGUAGGGGGUCCCCAAACUAAGGCCCGCAGGCCAGAUGGGGCUCUCAUUUACCCGACUCCUACCCUAAACUUUAGACUUAAGGCUGCCGUAAGUCUGAAACCACUUCAAGGCAUACAACAACAACAAUCCUAAUUAACUUGACUAUCUCAUCAGCCAAAAGCAGGUCCACACUUCCUAUUUAAAUACUGGUUGGUUAAAAUUGUUCUUCAUCUGUCAAUAUUACAUUGUUCUUUUUUUGCACUACAAAUAAAAUAUGUGCAGUGUGCAUAGGAAUUUGAUCUUUUUUUUCCAAACUAUAGUCUGGCCCCUCAACAAUCUGAGGGAUAAUGAACCGGCCCUCUGCUUAAAAAAUUUGAGGACCCCUGAUUUAGAGAGUGGAAACUUUUUCCAACAUAAUACAAGUUAGAACCCAGACCUGAUCUCAGCAAUAUAAUUCCUUCCAAACAUUAUUUCUGAAAAAAAUGGUGGCAGAAAUAGCAAUGAGAUUGUAAAGGUAAAUGAAAAAAAAUGCAUUUGUAUUCUAAAAUGGCUUGUUUGAUAUUCUUUUAAAUGAUUAUUAUUCUUAUUACAUGUCUUAUUAUGGGUACAAUAUAGUUAAAAUGCUUAGUUACAGUAGAAGACCAUUACAAUACACAUAUUAGAGACAUAGAACACAGAUUAAAACACCAAAACAAAUAAACUGUAAUUUUAAGGGAUGGAAUUGUUGGUAUGCAAAACAUAUGUUGGGCAAUGUAGACUAAAUGGUUAAUCAUUAGAAAGAAAUACAUUAAAUCUCUGCUGUUUCUAGUGUGGAUGGGAAAGAGUACUUGAAAAUCCAGGGUAGCAGAUAAUAUUGAGCAAGAUGUACUAGCAAUCUAACACAGUGUUUCCCAACCUGUGGUCCAUGGACCACCAGUGGUCCCCAAGAACUAAAAUAUGGUCCAUGGCCUCAACAUUACAACAUGGUUGCAACGAGAGAGACUGGUCUUGUGAAAUCCUCUUCUAGUGCCAAGGCAACGGGGAUGUUGGGAGGGGAGAGGCUGACUACUCAUGAAAAGCGUGACAACAAGCCUCCUGGCUGUUGCUUCUCCUCCUCUCUCCUCCUGAGCAGAGCCAUUCCAUGUGGUGCCUGGAAGCAAGGAUGCCUUGGUAUCUUUGUUUUUAGGCCUGUUCCUGGGGUUAUUUGGAGUGCUGAUUCAGAAAAUUGCAUUGGACAGACCACACCAGCUCUAGAUUAUUAAAUAUGGUUUUCUGUAGGCGAGCAGAAGGUGACUACUGGAUGGCAUAUGUUCUGUAUCAGAAACUAGAGCAGAGGUGGUCUAUCCAAUACGGUUUUCUGAAUCAGUGCUUCAAAUAACCAAACCAAAUAUAAAGUUAACCAACAACUGAUUUAUAACCCUUUUGGUACUAAUGUUGAGAGUGGUCCCUGGUCAAAGUGGUUCCUGGUCAAAAAAGGUUGGGAACCAUUGAUCUAACAUGAUAUGAUGCAAUAUCUGACUUGAUAUAAGUAAUGUAGCUUACAACUUUCCAUACUUUUAAAGAGUGGCUUCAGAGCAAUGCCAGGAAACAUACAGUUUGCCAUCUAGAAGAUAUGCUUAUCUCUGUUGCUGCUUGUUUUCAGGUUGGACUUUGAUAUCUUUCAUUUCAGCAGGUUUCACAGAUCCACAUUUUUAAGGUAGAAUUUAUUUUUGUGUUUGCAUUGUUAUAUCUGUUUACUUACUUCAGAAUCAUUGUGGUUUUCAUGUAAUGUUAUAUGUAUUCUGCUAUUCAGGGAACUUAGAGUGGUGCACUGAGACUUUCCAGACAGUCUCCUUUCAAGGCCCUAACCAGAGUGCGACCUCUCAUUUUUGCAAUGGAAUAGCACCAUAUGCCUUUAAAAUUAAACUAGUUGAAUCCAACUGAAAUAAUGCUUUUAGGAUGUCAAUUAUUUUUUCUCAUU